UGGGGCUGCUACACAAACGGAUUCAGAGCAACACUGUACUGAUAUUAUGGCUACUGGAACUCCUGAACCUGUUAGCGAGCUAGAAGCUCAGAGAGAGGAGAUUGUGGAUGCACUGGCUAAAGCACACCCUCUUGGUGUACAGCACGCGUGUCGUGUGUGUGUGAGCUACCGCCCACUCCCCGAGCACAAUCCUCCCCACCCCUCACACACUACACAACUACAAUCCGGAGAUUUCAUACACUUCAAGAUGCCGUACAAUGCUGACUGGUGGAUAGGACGUGUGGUGGGUCAUGAGACGGGAAUGACCUUUGUACCCUCCGAGGCCAAGCUGAUGAGUGUGAGAAGUGAUGCUGGUGAUGAGUGUGUGAAGGUGUACCAGCAAGCACCCGUCAUGAGACCACUCGUGUUGCUAGGGCCAACCAGCAAGGAGUCAGAGUUGACGAGGCUUCUCCACAAACCACUCCUCAGUUACAUACGCGAAAAAUUCUCAGGUCGCCUCCUAACGAUUAAACCUGACCAAUCAGUGCGCAGUAUGACCGCUAAGGAAAUACGAUUAUUGGAUGGAGAUGUAUUUGCCGCUGCCUCUACAAUGAACCUUGUACUCUUGGACUCUGACGCCAGUUACCCGGGAGAUUUCGAGGGAACUAAACUGCAUCCACAGUUCAUUUACGUCAAGAUUUCAAGACAAAAGGUGCUCCACAACUUGAUUCGACAGUUAACAAAGAGCUCCAGAGAUCAACAGAUACAAGUGGAGGAUGCACGCUAUCUCUAUGACAACUCUAGCAAUUGCUCCCUCGUUAUCACCGAUAGCAACGUUGAUGACGCUUGUCUCAAUUUAGAGCUGUUCCUGGAGAGUUAUUGGGCAUCUACCAGAUCUGUCAUGUUGCUAGGGGGAGGAGUGUCAUAGCCCUGUUGCUAGGGGGUGGGCUGUAGUACUUUGAACUAUGAAAGUAACACGUUUUAGCAAUGGACACUUUUAGUGUUUAUUUUACACAUUUUGCAUGUUUGUAUUCUCAUCAUGUCAGUAUGUUUAGUUGUACAUUCACAGAAAUCACUUCAUCAAUCAUUUCAAAACAUG